AUGCGCAAGGUCGGCACUACGCAGUCGGCCGCUCCUUCCCCGGCUCUAGGAUCUGUCUCUAAUACUCCUGACAAUCGACGUACGAGCUUCACAUCAACUACCGCUACUAACCAAGCUCGCGGAUCCCGGAACCCUACACGCACAGCCACACCGACAACCGAGGAGAAAGAACCACGCUGGGAUUCUUUUGGUCGUCGGCCUUCGGCUGUCAGACGGGAACAGUCACCCGUAGCAUCUUUGCCUCGGUCCUCACCGCUCGAGGAAGAAUAUCUGUCCUCGAGUUCGUCUGAAGAAUCAGGAUCCGACGAUGAGGACACAGCCAGGCAUGUACCUCUAUUCAAACGGUUUGGCAAAUUUUCUACCCACCGCUCUGGUCUCCGGGAUGACGAGGACGACGACGAAGAAGAAGACACUCCAGCAUUCCUCCCCAUGACCCGAGAACACCAGCACACCCUUCUGGAGCGGCCAGGUCAGGAACUCAGCGCGACCCUUCGUUUAGAUGCCGAGCGAGCCGCGGCGCAACGGCGACAUCUCGAGCAGCGGCCUGGUCCCAGAGUUCCAGUAGCUACGGAGUCAUCCAUCAGCUCUACGAGCUCCGGUGGGCGCAGUAGCCUGCCCGGUGGACCCAUUCUGACCAGCCAGGGGGCAUCGAUCAUGAGUCCCCAGCGCGCUGCCGAGCGCCAAAAUUCUCGCAAGUCCACCGCUUCCGGUCGCGAAGCUAGCGAUGGUACCCCUAGCAUGGGAAGCAGUUUCAGUGACCUCGACGGUACGUGCCCCAACCCCGAGAAAUCUGGAUUCCAACUGAUCAACGAGUCAGAUGCAAGCGUUACCCAGUCAGCACUGGAGGAGGCCCUUCUAAGCAACAUGCAGCAUGGUGGAAUGGCGAGUCGGAUGAGCACCAUCAGCCAAGCCCUGCGCAGCCGGUAUUUGCAGUGA